AUGGGUACCCAGAAACUUGACUUGGUUUGCAGAAGGCUGAUGUCAAGCGAGGUCCAUAAAAGUGUAAUGAACAAUCCCGCCGGGGUUAGGGUAUUCUAUGAUGAUAGUACUGCUCGCCAAUCCCAACCCCAACCCCAGUCGGAAUACGCGGGCCGCGAUAGAGACGUGGACGUGCUGGAGGGCGUGGGGAAAGUUCCGGCCUUGUCGCAGCAACCCACCCCAACGACGACGACGACGCCGACGACGACAACGACGACGACGCCGACAAUAACAACAACUACGACAUCGCACCUAUUCCGAACUCACCCGCUCGCUCGCGACUCAGGCAUGGCAGCACCUCUAUCCCUCCCCAAGGCCGACCCCACGGCAGCCUGGAACUGGACCUUCGGCAUCAAUGCCACGCAGUACGUGCCCUCCGCAAAGGACCUCGCGCUCGCCGGCCCGCGCAUGUUCAUGAAGCUCGGCUCGCUCCUCGGUGGCCCAGAUUCCGCCAACAGCUUAUUCGGAGGUGUGAGGAGGCUGGGUGCGGGAGCUGCUGGACAGAGGGUUAUCCCUGGAGCGAUGGGAGACCGUGGGGUCGUUGAGGCGCUUACCACCUCUGCUGCUGCUGCUGCUGCUGCUGCUGCUUCUGCUGCUGCUGCUGCGAGACAUAUCCAACCUGGGGCUGGCAUCAGUGCUGGAGCUGCAGCCGGACAGACGAUUGGGGUGGGGACGCAGAUCUUAGCUACCGCCAACGUGGACGAUGCGGCUGGCGUGUUCAGCACGAAGUUUUCCAUGGAGGGCGUGAGAAGCCUGGGCAACGUGUUUAGCUACGCGACGAGCAAAUGGGCGCUGGCCUGCGUCGUGACGGCCGUCGUCCUCAACCGCACCCUCGUCUACGCGUCCACGAGACGGAACCUGGUGCUCGGCUGGAGAGCCCGCUUCCUGGUCCGCAUGCUGCCGAUCCUCCUGUUGGGCAUCCAGUGCAGGGAGAUCCUGCAGUCGAUGCAGUGUCAGACCUCCCCGGACUUUGCGGUGCUGAGAUGGGGCAAUGCGAGCCGCUCGGGCGAGUUGGUGUUUACCCAGGACGGUGGCUUCCUGCACGAGAUGAGCCGGUCUCUGCUGCUCGGGGCCGGGGAUAAGGAGAGCUGUGUCGCUGUGGGCAUGGUGCCGUCUGGGGAGAGCGUCCCGAGGGAGCCGGAGAGGGAGAACUUGGAGGUGAGGGGGAGUCUCGAGUUGUUGUGGCCGCUGUUCAAGACUUUUGCGCUCUCGCAGUUCAUCGAGACGCUGUCGUGUGCUGUUGCUGGACGGCAGGUGGCGGGCGAGACGGGCAUGACGCUUUUUGAGCACAGUCUUGCUUUCGCGGAGGCGGAGGCGGCAGUGAGCAGCCAGCUGGGUUGGGGCCCGUUUGGGAUGGUUGCUUCGAAGGACGGCCGCUUGAACUCCACGAGUAAGGCGGAGGGGCCCAAGAUUGCGAUUACACGGAGCAUGAUUCUCAAGAAGGUUAAUACUACGCCAGAGGUGCUGCUGAUUGGCUUUUUGUCGGCCAUGAAUCACCUCACGAGCCAUGUACUGGCGAUCCUCAACCUCCAGAGUCGGUUCCGCCUUGUGAAUACGGGCUUCUGGGGGUUGGCGUUCAUGGCGGCCAUCGUGUCGAGUGCAUGGUCGUUUACUGUUGAUGAUCUGCCGAGCCAGAGCUUGUUGAGGUUCCCAACUGUUUCUAUCGUGGGCUUUGUACCUCACGUGCUGGUUCUGUUUGGCAUCAUUGCCUGCUCGUUGAUCUACGCCGCGGCACUCCUGCUGUCGGCGCUGGCUCUUCCAGCUGUCGAGGAUACGCCGUCUUCUGGUGAGGUGGCAGCGCCAGAGCCAACUACGUUACGGCGAAGGGUCAUUGCUGCUCAUCGUAAUAUGCAGGCAAACGUGCCCUUGGCUACUAUACGAAUCACGCUCUACAUGGACUUCUACACCGCCCUCUUACGAACCGGAUUUGCGAUGAUGACGAUGGCGAGCGAAGCUGUGUACCUGAACGAGAGUCGCGGAGUCAACGUCAAGCAGCGAACCUGGCUGGAAGAAGAUAGAUUGCGGGAGAUCGAAGCUGCGGGAGCAAGAUGGCUUGGUCCAACCUUUAGACUGAACGACCCGGACACGAGUCUUGCCGAUGGCAGGACGGACAAUGUUGGUCUGGUGGCCGCUCGAGACCGGCCUAUGGAAUUACUGCAAAACUCGUCAAGCGGUUACGCGCGAGAGAUGACUGCGAAGAACGCUCCGGCGAUGGGCAAUGGACGAGAACGAGGGCCACCAACCGCAAACGGGGUAGGUGCUACAGAGAGAAGUGGUAGAUGGAUUAUGGCUAUGGAGUUCUUCCUUGGCAUCAGCCGGUUACUGCUGGGCUGGUGGGCAUCCCUCUCUCUGAAGCUUAUGGCUAGAGCCGGAAUCCAAAGCAGGCCUCGAUUGCUUCUAUGGCUGGCCAGAAUGCCGAAAGUAGGUUUGCCAGCUUCCGCAGCUUCCGAGCAGAACAACACAGACUCGCUUGAUUUCUGGCUCAGGGGCCACGAUGGCGAGCUGGUACGUCCCCGAGACGACCAUGUAGACGUCGAAGUCGAAUUUCGGAAUGACAUGCGCCGCUCGCAGGAUCACUGGGACGAUUCACGAGAGACGGCACUAGAUUCAAGACUCUACGACUGGUUCUUGGGAGGUGGAUGGUGGGGCGUUGACGACAACAGCGGGAACUUCAAACCAGCCCAGAUCGAGCUCGACGAAGAUACAACCAGCGUUGUUUCCUUCUCUACAUCUGCCUCUCAACAGGAAGAUGCGUGGGAAUCUGACCACAGCGCCAACGAUGACGGUCGCCGCACACCGACGCAGCAAGACCCCACUUCCACCAGGGAAUCGACACCCUUCCUCGACACGCCACUUGGAGCGUCAGAUCUCGCGCAGCUUCUGCACCCGAAGACGCCCGAGCAGCGUGCCGAAGCACAGGCGCUGUCGGUCCACCUGCAGAGCGAGGGCGUCGUGACGCGAUCCCGCUUCCGCAGCCUCGUGCAGAGGGAGCGGGCCAAGGUGCUGACCUCGAGCCGGCACGACCGGCCCGCGAACUUCGCCGCGUCGUCGCCGACGGGGAGACUCACCCUCGAGGAAGAGACCUGGAUCCUGGAACACCUGAUCCUCUCCCGUCGGGGUGCCAGGUCCACCUCGGCGUCUGGGCAGAGGAGCUGGGCGCGAGGCGCCUCGGGCAUGGGCGAGGGCGGGCCGCAGUGUGUGGUGUGCCAGAGCUCGCCGCGCAGCAUCAUCGUGUGGCCGUGCCGGUGUCUCAGCCUGUGCGACGACUGCCGGGUCACGCUCGCGAUGAACAAUUUCGAGAAGUGCGUCUGUUGUCGGAGGGAUGUGAGUAGCUUCUCGAGGGUUUUCGUGCCGUAG